ACGUAGCCUUUUCAAGAUGGCCGCCUCUCUGGAGCGACCUGCGGAGGCGGUGGCGACGGCUGUUAUGGGGCUGGCGAUUCGGAGGGGCCGCUGAGCAGGGUGACAGCCGGCUGGCGCCGUUUCUCUUGCGGCGGGAGGCGAGCGCAGACGUUGCGGGCUGCGGCAGGAGCGGACGCACCAUGCGGCGGGGCUAGAGCCGCAGGCUUCCACCGCGAGUAAUGAUGUUAGCGGAGGCAAGUCUUUCCAUAUGGGGAUGGGGAAGCCUUGGUGUUGUGCUUUUUCUAGUAACAUUUGGACCAUUUGCUAUAUUUUAUUUUGCAUUUUAUAUCCUCUGCUUUGUGGGUGGGGGCUUUGUGGUAACACUCUUGUUUGGAAAAACCAAUUCAGAAAAGUACCUCGAACAAUGUGAACACUCCUUUCUUCCUCCAACACCAUUUGGAAUUACUAAGUGCAUAGAAGAAAUGAAACAGGAAAGCAAGCCUAUUAAGAUUGAUAGAAGGCUAACUGGUGCCUAUAUAAUCGAUGAACCUCUGCAACAAGUUAUCCAGUUUUCCUUGCGUGACUAUGUCCAGUAUUGGUAUUAUACACUAAGUGAUGAUGAAUCUUUUCUUCUUGAGAUAAGACAGGCGCUCCAAAAUGUUCUUAUUCAAUUUUCUUCUAGAUCAAAAGAAAUAGAUUGGCAGCCUUAUUUUACCACCCGACUUGUAGAUGAUUUUGCCACUCAUCUUAGAGUAUUCAGAAAAGCUCAGCAAAGGAUAACUGAAAAAGAUGAUCCAAGUAAAGAUGGAGCAGAAGAUCUUGUAGAUACAUUUUUUGAAGUUGAAGUUGAAAUGGAGGAGAAUGUCUGUCGUGAUCUAAUCUGCACAUCUCCCAAAGAUGAAGAAGGAUUCCUAAGGGAUCUGUGUGAAGUUUUACUGUAUUUAUUGCUACCUCCUGGAGACUUCCAGAACAAGAUCAUGAGAUAUUUUGUCAGGGAAAUCCUUGCUCAAGGAAUUCUUCUUCCAUUAAUAAAUCAGCUCAGUGAUCCUGAUUAUAUUAAUCAGUAUUUCAUAUGGAUGAUUCGUGAGUCAAUUUGUAACUAUGAGGCCUUCAUGAAUAUUGUUAAAGUAAGUGACAAAGUAGGGGAGCUGGACGCAGUAAGAGAUAAAGCAGCAGAAGAACUGCAGUAUCUUCGAUCUUUGGAUACAGCUGGCGAUGAUAUCAACACUAUAAAAAAUCAAAUAAAUAGCUUAUUGUUUGUGAAGAAAGUAUGUGAUUCAAGAAUAAUGCGGCUGCAGUCAGGAAAAGAAAUAGAUACUGUGAAACUGGCUGCAAAUUUUGGAAAACUUUGCACAGUCCCUCUGGACAACAUACUAGUAAACAAUGUUGCACUACAAUUUUUCAUGGAUUACAUGCAGCAGAUGGGAGGCCAAGCGCAUCUCUUUUUCUGGAUGACAGUAGAAGGAUACAGGGUUACAGCACAGAAACAGCUAGAAGUGUUACUGAGUCUUCAGAAAGAUGGAAUGCAUCAGACUACACAAACCAAAGGCCUAUUAAGAACAGCUGCAGUUGGAAUUUAUGAUCAGUAUUUGUCAGAGAAGGCAUCUCCAAGAGUUAAUAUUGGUGAUACCUUGGUAGCAAAGCUGGCAGAAAAACUGAAUAAUGAGGACCCAACUCCUGAAAUCUUUGAUGAGAUUCAGAGAAAGGUAUAUGAGUUGAUGCUCCGGGAUGAAAGAUUCUACCCUUCGUUCAAACAGCAUGCCCUUUAUGUGCGAAUGCUUGCUGAAUUAGAUAUGUUAAAGGAUCCUAGUUUCAGAGGAUCUGAUGAUGGUGAAGGAGAAUCAUUUAAUGGUUCUCCUACAGGCAGCAUCAACUUGUCUCUGGAUGAUCUUUCAAAUGUGUCUACUGAUGAGUCCAUACAACUGCAUGCAUAUAUUUCAGAUACUGUCUGUGCUGAUUAUGACCCAUAUACUGUGGCAGGAGUUUGUAAUGAUCAUGGCAAGACGUAUGCGCUAUAUGCUAUUACUGUUCGCCGUCGAACUCCAAAUAGUGAUGAAGCAUGGAAAACAUAUCGUCGCUAUAGUGACUUCCAUGAUUUUCAUAUGAGGAUCACUGAACAGAUUGAAAAUCUAGCAAAUCUAUUGAAACUUCCUGGGAAAAAAACAUUCAAUAACAUGGACAGAGAAUUUUUAGAAAAAAGGAAGAAGGAUUUAAAUUCGUACUUGCAGCUUUUGCUUGCUCCUGAAGUGAUGAAAGCAUAUCCAGCUUUAGCACACUAUGUAUAUGACUUCUUGGAAAACAAGGCAUACAGUAAAGGGAAAGGAGAUUUUGCUCGGAAGAUGGACACAUUUGUAAAUCCACUGCGUAACUCUAUGAGAAAUGUUUCAAAUGCUGUCAAGUCCUUCCCUGACAGCUUCACAGAGGGGAUGACUAAAAUGUCAGACAACAUGGGCAAAAUAUCAGAAAGAUUGGGACAAGACAUAAAGCAAUCAUUUUUCAAGGAGCCUCCUUUAAUGCAGAAGACAUAUGUUGAUCCUAAACACUGCCGAGUUGCAGCACACCUUGAUGACAAUGUUGAAGACAAUGUUCCUCUUAAAAUAAUGCUGCUACUCAUGGAUGAAAUAUUCGAUCUGAAGGAGAGAAAUCAGUGGUUACGACGAAAUAUCAAAAACUUGCUUCAGCAGCUUAUUAGAGCAAUGCAUGGAUAUACAAUAAAUAAAAAAAUAGUUGAUCAUGUUCAUUGGAUGACAUCACCAGAACAAGUAGCAGAUGCAGUUAAACGGUUUAGAGAUGCCUUCUGGCCAAAUGGCAUUUUAGCUGAGGCUGUUCCCCGCAGAGACAAUGCCAUCAGGAUGCGAACAAGAAUUGCUAGCAAAACAAAAUUACUGGGUAUGAUGCCAGAUGAAUUGAAGCAUAUUUUAGGUGCUGAGACAACAAGGAAAGGCAUUCUACGAGUCUUUGAAAUGUUUCAGCAUACUCAGCUAAAUAAGAGGAUGGUGUUUGUCUUUCUGGAAGGCUUCUUGGAAACCUUAUUUCCAGCAAAGGAAUUCCCUGAUCUCUUCAAAAAACUGCAUUCACGCUCAAAGCAGAUGGAGCGAUAUAAGCAAAGACUACAAUCUACGCAAGCACCUUUUUUACAGAAAAGAAUCAAUGAUUGCCAGCAAUGAAAAGUGCUAGACCAUGUCCACUGAGGGAUAAGUAGAACACAUCUGUGGUGAUAGCAGUGGAAGACUUGGCUGCUUUGCUUGGAUCUGGGAGAUUGUGCAAUGUGAAAAUCAGGUGCGAUUCGAUUUGCAUUCGUGACUGUUGAGGCCUUGUAGGUCAUGGUCAGCAACUCUGAGAAGACUGAGAUAAUAUGAAGAGCAGUCUUCUGGAACAGGUGAUUCUGAGAAAUGUUAUAAUUUCCCCAAAACUACAUUUGCUAACUAAAGGUUGAGGUAAUAGGUGACAAAGCCACAUUAACUUCACUUUUCUGAAUUAAAAAAACAACACUACUAAAAGAGUGAUCCUAUGGCUGCAAGAAAGUGUCCAGGAGGCCAUAAGCUAAUUUGAAUUCUCAGAGCUGAGAUCAGAGGCAGAGCAACCAUCUUGGAGCUGUGGGGUCUGUAUGUUGAUUCCCCUUCCUCUCCUUUGCAGCCAAAAUGGAAAAAAUGCCCACUGCCUCUGAAUUUGAGCAAUUGACAUUAAAGAUCGGCUAAAAUCUGUGUUUGAAGGGGCCAGAAGGGGAGCUAUCCUGACAGUGCCCCAGCCUCCUUUGCCCUCCAUCUGAAGUGCCUCAGCUAGUCAGCCAUAAAAAGCCGUGGAGCUGAAGUGCAAAGUGUGAGAUACAGGAAGGCAGGGAUCCUAAACUUUCAAAUUUGGGUGCUAUGUGAAGCAUCCAAGGCACAAUUUAUCUUGGCUGGGUUUAUUUUGGUGGGUUAGGGCAAAAGUACAGAAAAACACACAUUGGUUUGCAUUAGCUUUUUUAAGGGUCUUGUUUUGCUCUUAAAUUAUAAUCCUUGUAGUUUGCUUAUGACUUUAAUGGAGAAGACUCAACAUAGCACUUGGCAUAGGGAAAUGAAGAUGCUUAAGACAAGGAAUUACCACAUUUAUCAGGAGUCUGGGGAAGGGAAGCAAAAUGCAUUGCUCUUGAGAUUAAGACUUUAUUUAAAAAGAUUGUACUCCAUUAAAAUUCACACUAAGAUUUAUUUACAUAUGGUCACUUCAGCUGGUAAAUUGCUAAAAUAACUUUCAUACUGACAUAAAAAUCUUAAUGACUUCAUCGAACAGUCAUACGCAAACAAUUGCAAAUUCCUGGAUGCACCAUAGUGUAUAUAUGAAAAUAAGAGACACAACUACAGUAUUUUUUUAAGUAACAAUCUUUUUUAUUUUUUGCAUAAUGUAAAAUUUUAAUAAAGAAACCUCUUCUACACAAAAUUCCCCCUGUCUAUCCUCUUUACUUCCAAAUAAAAUGUCUAACUGAGAAUGAAGUAAUAAUUAACUAUACUUGCUUAGCCUUAAAUUAUCUUGGACACAAAGCCUCCUUUUCUCCUUGAUGAACACUUUCCACUACCAGGGAGAUACAAUAUAUUGGUUAUAAAUCUCUGAAUGUUCUGCUACAUAGUCCGUUAAAAAAAUAUAAAACAUCCAAGAUAUACAAAAAACAUCCAACAUAGAAUAUACAUGAAAUGCUUUGAUAUUAAAUCCGUAUUUUUGAAGGAAGUCUGAUUUUAAUCUGUGGACAAUAUAUUAGAUCUUUGGGUAUAAAUGCAGUAUGUACUUGCUACUAAAUUCCUCCAUUUGGCAAUUUACAAUCAGGUAAAGAUAAUUGACACCUUGGAGGAGAAAAGGGGAAAGUCCAGAGGGGAGUAGCCAUCUGUAUAAGGCCUGCGCUCUAGUUCCCCUACCCCUCUUACUUAGAUUCCAUAAAAUCUGAUCAAUAUUGGCCAUGCUAUAAUAAAUUUUAAUGCCUACAUUACAAUAAAUGUGUUCAGGUGCAAUUGUUUUGUUCUGUCUUUACAAUAUAAAUCAAUCCUUUUUACCAGUAUCAGGACAGCUUAAGAUAAGAUGCAUGAGGCAUCAAUUCCUUGUUCCAUUCUCCAUGUUUUUAAGUAGAAGUGACAAUUGACAUGAAACACUCUCACACACAUUUUUAAACAUUUCUGUUCCUCUGAACUUCAGUCUACAGCCUAAUUCUCACUCAGGUGAUUAACCUGUGUGAGAAAUACUGCUUUGGAUUGCAGAUGGGGACUUGCUUGAAUGAUCACCAUCCAUAUAUUUACAAAAAGAAAAAAAAAUCCCUGCACGUAGCAUGUCAGGAAAAAUGUUCUUGCUAAGGUUUCCUGCAAUAUGCUGGUUUUAUAGGCAAGGAUUUUGUUUUUGUAUGGAGAGGUAUUCCAUCAUAUGAGCCCCCUCCUGCUUUUUGAAGUCAUAGGAUCCAUACAGAUUUACCAUUCAAUAAAACCUAGAUAAAUACCACCUCUUCAUGUUUGUAUGAUUCAGCAAGGCAGUAGAGUACCAUGAACUGCAUGGAACAUUGGAUACAGGAAACCUGCCAGGAUUUAAAACAAGUCAUAAUAGAGUGCUAAUAUAUAUAUAUGGCUUGAGUUCGAAUUAAUACAUCUAGAUUAUUCAGUUUAAUUUAUCGUAUGUCAAAGUAGGAAUGAUGAGCAGUUAAUAAACCAUGUAGUAUAUCUUUCAUCAUUUCCAUUGGGCUUUAAGAUUAUGCUCAGUUGUUUAAUUGACUACAUAUCCAUAAAAUCUUCAUGUAAAUGAAACAUAACAACAUGUAAUUUCUUCUAACAUAAUUGCGCAUAAGGCUUUGUCAUCUGUAUUUAAUUUUAGAGAUUGCCUGCAGACAGAAGCCACACUUUGGUGUGUCUUCUUGAUCUGUUAUAUAUAAUACACAUGUUGUUCAUCAACAUUAUACCAACCAUGACCCCUGUCAUUUGCACCCUUCCAAGCACCCUCAAAAUUGAUUGUGUAAAUGCAGCACGCAGUUAGCCAGACAUGCCCAAGAAAGCUGUGACCAACCUCUGAAAAUAAAUGUGCCAUUGUCCAACAAAAAUGCACUUAGCCUUAAUUAAGAGAGAAUGAACAGUAAGGUGGAAUACGUCGUAUGGUUCAUCCUCAAGCUUCUGCCUCUGGUGUUUGCUAUAAAUUAAUUUUAAAUGCUACCAGAAUGUGUAGUGAUUUUUAAAAGUAAAGUACAAAUUCCACAAUCUCAAUUUUAAUUUUAGUGCAAUAUUUUCAUGUAAUGCAUGUGUAUUUGAAUAACUGUACAAAAAAGAGGAAGUUUUUAAGGUUUUGAGAUCAAGGGUAAACUGUCUUAACCAACAAUGUAUAUUCUGUUAUUGCUGCUGUGUUGGCUUAUUUAAGGACUUGUUUUAAAAGUCUGGUUUCUCACUCCUUGAAAAUCCCUAUUCCUGUGCUCAAAUGAGCAUGGUUCUUACAUUACAAGGAGCAAAAUCUAAAGAGCACAUCUUAAUAUAGCUGUUAAAUGACUUGUGCAUAUCAUUGUACAGUAUGUGUCAACUGUGUGCCUAAUGGUUCUAUCAAUAUUUCCCCAUUUUCUUUAACAAAGAAUGAAAACAAAUUUGGAAUGCCAUGGUCUCUCUCUCUGAAAAGCGACAGACUCUUUUUAUUUGGAGUUUGUAUUAUGUUUGUCCAACAAACGCUUGGAAAAGUACACUAAUAAAGUAUUAACAAGAAAA